AUGACGGUGACAGAGCUGUUGGGCCAUCCUAUAGCAAUCGGUCUUGUAGCGGUCCUGAUCGCCAGUGCCGCAAUGGGUUUAUUCUCGUCCAACAAGCAUUUCCCCGUCGAGGGACGGACGGUCUUGAUCACAGGCGGAUCGAGUGGGAUGGGUAAAGCUCUCGCGACCAAGCUGGCUCAACAAGGUGCAAAUGUCUGUAUUGUCGCAAGAACACAGUCCAAACUGGACCAAGCAAUCGAGCACAUCAAGUCGCACGCCAAAAGCCCAACCCAACGAUUCCUAGCUAUUAGCGCCGACUGCACCUCUCCUGAUGAGAACAUGCGUAUCCUCGCCCAGACCACCUCAUGGAAUAACUCCCAAGCACCCGACAUUGUCUGGGCAAACGCCGGCUCAUCCUCCCCUGGCCUCUUCCUCGACACUCCUCUUGAGACACAUCGCUCCCAGAUGGACACAAACUACUGGGCUUCCUUCUACCUCGCCCACGCAACUCUCAAACUCUGGCUUGCACCGCAGCAAAAGAAAGAGGUCAUCAAACCAAGACAUUUCAUCAUCACAUCCAGCAGUGUCGCUUUCGUGGGUGUCGCAGGCUACACUCCCUACGCUCCUGCCAAAGCUGCUCUCAAGUCUCUGGCUGACUCGUUGCGUAUGGAGUUGAAUCUCUACAAUGGCAGUAUCAACUCUUCAAAGCCUUCUCCCGCUGCCGCUACCAACAUCCAUCUGGUCUGCCCUGGCACCAUUCUAUCUCCUGGCUAUGAAGCUGAGAACCGCACAAAACACCCCGUCACCAAGAUCCUCGAGUCUGGAGAUCCAAAACAGUCUGAAGAUGAGGUAGCAGACGCUUCUCUGAGGGGACUACAAAGAGGUGAUUACGUUAUUACGACACAGUGGUUGGGUCAUGCUAUGAGAGUCUCUGCUCUGGGUGGCUCUCCGAGGAAUGGCUGGGGCAUUGUUGACGUCCUCUUUGGCUGGGUCACUGCCGUUGCUUGGUUGUUCAUUGCUCCCGAUAUGGAAUCGAAAGUGUGGAAUUGGGGCAAGGAGCAUGGCUGCGCAUAA